UAAAAAUGUAUAAAACAAAACUACUGGCUGUUGUUUUUAACUUACUUCCGGCAACAGCCAUGACGUGUGUGACGUGUCAUUAUACGUGUGUCAUCACUAUCUCACGUGAGCCACCUGUCAAGCUGCAGUAAUGAGAUAAAUAUAAGGAUAAGGGCGUCUGUAUGCUUUGUGUUUAUGUCGUUUUAUUAAGGCUCAUUAUUAUAUAAACAAAGCCAGGUUUUAUUCCGGAAGUCUGCGUUUUAAAUUGUUCGUACUUCCGGGUCACGUAGUAACCCGUUGCUCGCGCUCCACAUGGUCAGUUGGUUGAUCUGACCUUUAGACUGUCGUGUUAGUGUCGUAUAGAGCAGUGUGUGUGUGUGUGUGUGUGUGUGUGUGUGUGUGUGAGAGUGAGUCAGUCAGGGGUGAGUGGAGAUGGAGCUGUGUGUGUUCUCCGUGUUCCUGGUGUGUGUGUGUGUUUAUGUGACACUGCAGCUGAUUCGCUUCAUCACUGCUGAUGCUGAUUUGUCUGUGCUGUGGGCGGCUGCAGUGGGGAAAAGUCCAGACGUGGCUUUGAGGCAGAAGGUGGUGUGGAUCACCGGAGCUUCCAGUGGGAUCGGGGAGGAGCUGGCGUAUCAGCUGGCUGCAGUCGGAGCUCGACUCGUGCUGUCUGCACGCCGAGAGAACGAGUUGAACAGAGUUAAGAGGAAGUGUUUGGACCUCUCCUCUUUAGAAGACAAGGAUAUUCUUGUUCUUCCACUUGAUUUGUUGGACAGAUCGAGUCACAGAGAGAAAACCGACGUGGUUCUGCAGCAUUUCAGCAAGAUAGAUGUGCUGGUGAAUAACGGUGGGCGGAGUCAGCGCUCUCUCUUUGUCGACACCCACGUCGAUGUUUACAGCGGUCUGAUGGAGCUCAACUACCUGGGAACCGUCUCCAUCACACAGCACGUCCUGCAGCACAUGAUCCACCACGGCGACGGUAUCAUAGCAACCGUCAGUAGCAUCGUGGGCCUGAUGGGAGCACCGCUCUCCACCGGAUACGCAGCCAGCAAACAUGCGAUUCAGGGUUUCUUCAAUUCCCUCAGGACAGAGCUGACCGAUUAUCCAAACAUUACCAUCAGUACCAUCUGCCCCGGACCGGUCGUGUCCCAAAUCGUCCACAACGCCUUUGCUGAGCAAGUCAACAAGCCGCUCUCUAACGUAGGAGAUCAGUCCCAUAAGAUGUCGACUGAGCGCUGCGUGCGUCUGAUCCUGGUCGGUCUGUCUAACCAUGUGAAGGAGAUGUGGAUCGCUCAGCAGCCGUUUCUUCUCUUUUUCUACUUGUGGCAGUACACGCCCACUCUCGCCUGGUACGUCACCAACCUGUUCGGCAGGAAACGCGUGCAGAACUUCCAAGCUGGACUGGACGCAGACACGCCAUAUUUUACCAAGACAAAGGCCAAGACGAGCUGAAACCCGGCACUGAUAAACCGCAUUAGAGUAAUAAAUACGGUACUGUGUAUAGAAUAUAGUAUUAUAUAUAACAUAUAGCACCGUAGAUCUACACACACACACACACAACAUGAAUAUAUACACAGAUAUGAAUCUGUACGCUUCUGGUCUUCGAGCUCUGACUGGGGAAACGACCCCCAGAAACUCCUUGGAAACUCAGGAUACACUCCUGAACACUGCUAACUGUUAGAUCACAGAUAUCUAACCGGCUCGUUGCUCGUCCUGAGCUCCAGUCCCACUGCAGUGUGAAGAAUAAAUUCUCUGAGUUCCUGCAGUAAUGUAGGACUGUUUACGGUCCUGCGGUACUUUAAUAACUAAAAUGUAGAACCUGCUUGAUUGUUUUGUUUUUUUUGUCUGAAACAAUCAAUGGAUGUUUAAUUUUUACAUUUUAAUCAUUUCUGAACUACACUAGAUUAAAUUCAAUGAAAUGUUUAAAAAUGUUGAUCCGUCAAGUCUCAUGGAUUUGAUUCUGUAUUAAACAGAGACUUAAACAUAAAUAAAUGCACCGUGGGCCACUAGAGGGCGCUAAACGCU